GCAGGAGGCGGUGGGGUGGGCGCCGCGGCGAGCCCCGACCAUGCCCUGCUACCUCCUGAGCCUGCUCCUCAGCCUGGACCUGGCGGCCGUGGCGCUGAGCCUGUCGACCUGCAGCACCCUCGACAUGGAUCAGUUCAUGCGCAAGCGGAUCGAGGCGAUCCGGGGCCAGAUCCUGAGCAAGCUGAAGCUCACCAGCCCCCCGGACGAGUACCCCGAGCCCGAGGAGGUGCCGCCGGAGGUCAUCUCCAUCUACAACAGCACCCGGGACCUGCUGCAGGAGAAAGCCAACCACCGAGCCGCCACUUGCGAGCGGGAGCGCAGCGAGGAGGAGUAUUAUGCCAAAGAGGUUUACAAAAUUGACAUGCUGCCGUUUUACCCCGAAAAUGCCAUCCCACCAAGCUAUUACAGCCUUUACUACAGAAUUGUAAGAUUUGAUGUCUCAGCGAUGGAGAAAAAUGCUUCCAACUUGGUGAAGGCAGAGUUUAGAGUCUUCCGUUUGCAGAAUUCAAAGGCACGGGUAUCUGAGCAACGAAUAGAACUGUAUCAGGUUGUUAAAUCCAAAGAAUUGCCAUCACCAGGACAGCGCUACAUUGAUAGCAAGGUAGUUAAAACAAGAGCUGAAGGGGAAUGGCUAUCUUUUGAUGUCACUGAUGCUGUACACGAAUGGCUCCAUCACAGAGACAGGAAUCUUGGAUUUAAGAUAAGUUUACACUGUCCAUGCUGCACCUUUGUGCCUUCAAAUAAUUAUAUCAUCCCGAAUAAAAGUGAAGAGCUUGAAGCAAGAUUUGCAGGUAUUGAUGACUCCUACACAUAUUCCAGUGGUGAUGUGAAAGCUUUAAAGUCCAAUAAGAAAAAAUACAGUGGGAAGACCCCACAUCUUCUGCUAAUGUUAUUACCCUCCUACAGACUUGAGUCGCAACAGCCCAGUCGGCGGAAGAAGCGUGCUCUAGAUGCUGCCUAUUGUUUUAGAAAUGUGCAGGAUAAUUGCUGCUUGCGUCCACUUUAUAUUGACUUCAAGAGGGAUCUUGGCUGGAAAUGGAUUCAUGAACCCAAAGGGUAUCAUGCUAAUUUCUGUGCAGGAGCCUGCCCAUAUUUAUGGAGCUCUGAUACUCAGCACAGCAGAGUACUGAGUUUAUAUAAUACGAUAAAUCCAGAAGCCUCUGCCUCUCCAUGCUGUGUAUCCCAAGAUUUGGAACCCCUCACCAUCCUGUACUACAUUGGCAAAACACCUAAAAUUGAACAGCUUUCCAACAUGAUUGUGAAGUCAUGCAAAUGCAGCUAGAAGAUACCCCUGAAAUGGCAUGAUGUGUGUGUAUUAAAAAAAACAACCAAGGAUAAAAGAAAAAGGGAGAGAGAAAAGAAAAAAAAAAGAAAACCUAGGUUCAUCAGUGUUAAAAAAAAAAAAAAAAAAGAAAAAAAAGAAGAAAAAAGCGGUACUAGUCUGAACUGUUUGAAAGUUUGUUUUGUUUUGUUAAACUGGCAUCUGAAGCAAAACGUUGAAGGCCUUUAUCUUACAUUUCAUCUACUCAGUUAGUGAGAUAGACAAGAAGCAAAAAAAGAAAAAAAAAACCUUUUAAAAAAUAAACACUGGAAGAAUUUGUUAGUGUUACUAUGUGAAAGGAAAAAAACAGGAAAAUCCUAUUAAGUGGUGUUGCUGUAUCUGUCCCGUGCCUUACUUGAUCUCUCUGUAUUGUUACAUGAUAGGCAUCCUACCCAUUCCUUUUUUAGUUUUAGAGCUAACAGUGCAUUAUUUAUUUGUGUAUAAAAAUACAAAAAACAAAAAAACUAUCCAGCGAACAUUUCAUUUCCAUUGGGGGGAUGGGGGGAAGGGGAGUGGACAAAGUGGAGACCAAACAAACUGCCAGAAAUAUGUUUAAUGCUUAGGAAACUGGAGCUCAAGAAGUCCUGAAAAUAUAAUUAGUUUAGUUCAAUUAAAAUAGAAGUCAGUUAUUGCAUUUUUGACAAAAUCUGCCAUAUUUUACAUGCCAGCUGCCUAUGGAGGCUUCUUGUAAGGUCUCAAACCCUUGUUUUAAAUAGUGAAAAUUUACUAAUAAAGGACAUUCUGUUUCAGUCUCAAAGACAAGUGUUUAAGAUUUUUUUUACUGUAAAUGAUUUAAAUGUCAGUUUAGUAAACCAGUGGAAUAUUUAACAUGUACUGGUCUAAUCUUCAGACCUUAAUAUGUUGCUGUAUAGCUAUGCUAUGGGAUUUUUUGUUCUUUUGGUAUAUGUAACCAUACCUAGAGUAUUACAAUAGGUGGGUAGUACAAACCAACUUAAUUGGAAACAUAUCUGUAGAUCUCUAUUGUAAACUAUUAAAAAAUUAAGUACUUUAUGUGUAAUAUGUAAAUUUUCACCAUAUUUUUGUAUUCUGUAAUACUGUCAACUCUCUUGAGUUGGAAUUUGAAUUUGGGGCUCUUUUUUAUCACUCAGAAUCAUGUGCUUCCCUCCAGCUGGCCAGUAUGAGUAGAGUCCCUAUAUUUUGACUUGCACUACAAAUACAUGUUUUAUAAUAUUUGCUAUACAUGUGCUUUGUAUAUUGUUCAUCAUUAUGACAUAAGCUACCUGACUCCAUUUGCUUUGGGAUUUUUUGUUCUGUUUUACAAAGAGGAUGGAUUAACCUAUUCUUGUUUUUUCCCACCCUAGUUUAUCCACAUUUGCAAAGUUUUAAACCCAAUUUGUAUACUGGCUAAAGACAGUCCAACAGAUGGUUAGGGAGCUAGAUUUAAAAAAAAAAUAGAAGAAGGUUUCACAGUCUGAUUGACAGAAGGCAGACCCUUUAAAAAGCAGUAUUUACCACCAUGUAAAGGACUGGUACAAACUGUAUGCACCACAGAAGCCCGCAAGACUGGAGUGGGACUUCACAAUUGUAUAAGUCUUGUGUUGGACCUCUUGCACAUGAAUGACUGAUCUAUUGUUGAUUUGUGGGGCUGAUCCUGUCCCCACUGAGGUCUAGAGAAGUUUUGCUAUUGAUUCCUAUGACAGCAGAUUAAGCUCCAUUUGGGUCUUGAUGUGCAAAAAUAUUUGCAGGGGCAGGCCCUACAUUUGUGACUUCUGCUGAAUUGUGUUUAAUCCUUUUCAUGGAAAACAGUUUUUGUCAUAUCUUUUAAAACAAAGAAACAGGCUCCUACGAAAUGCCCUUUGGCUCUAAUAAUUUUGAUAAUUUUCUAGAGAGAACAAGAAAUAUCAGCAUCCUAAACAUUAUUAAAAAAAAAGAUUUUUAAACAGGUGUAUGUAAAAGCAUGUGAAAUAAGUAGUUCAAUUUAUUUUCUAUUAUAAACUCUUCUGAGUGGCAGACCUAGAAAUCUAUGCAAAGAAAUAUGGUAAUUGGAAGAAGACAGCAUCUCCCUCAUACAACACAGGAAGAUGGCUUGGGCCUUAUGGUUAAACAUUAGGUUACUGAUCUUCCACUGUGUUAACUUCAGUGGAACUCCUUUGGCGUUGGUGGAGUAACACCUGUGUAAAAUGGAAGCAACAUGAUCAAGAAGCAGGCCCAAGAUGUGGGAUCUUUCUCUUUGAUUUGCACAGACAGCUUCCAUGGAUUUCAUUUGGAGUCCCCGAUUUAUUACCGAGACCAAAAUAUAGCCCUAUGAAUAAUCUAAUCCCACCUAUUUUUCUCAAUGCAGAGGAGGUACAUGAAUUGUUGUUUUUCUUUCUUUUUUUUUUUUUAAUUAGUGAACUGAAGUUUAACAAAUUAAGGUCCAAUCCUACAGACACUCUCAGGGGCCAUAUUGGAGAAAUCCAGUAAAAUUAAAGAAAUUCCUCUGGGUAUGAAGAACUGUAGCUGCUAGUGUUUGUCUCACAUGGCCUUAAUCUAUUUUAUUAACUUCAAUACAAACACUAUAUUUUUUUUGGCAGGGAAGGAGGGGAACGGAACACAAGUAAGCAGCAUUAAAAAGAAAUGCUUGAAAUUAUCUUAAAUUAAAUAUACCCCAAAACGCUGAUUUUCUAGUUUGAUGAUUUGAAAGAAAGAAUGGGAUAUGAUCAGAUGCACUUCUCAUCCCAGGAAGAGCACACACCAACUGCUGCAGCUUCCUUAGCCUGACGAAGGGUUUUUGAACCCGAAAGCUUGCUUAAUAGCUAUUCUCCAACCAUUUGGGUUGGUCUAAUAAAAGAUAUCAAAUUCACCCAAGGAACCUUGUCUGCCUAUGUCCUUAGACCAACACGGCUACAACCUAAACCCCUUCUCAUCCCAAUACACUCGUCAUGCGCUGGAUGCAGCCAGAAGUUUGAGUUUGGGUUUUUCCAUAUAUUUUGCAAGUCUGGAGAAAAACACCUAUGGUUAUUAUACACAAAUUGGUUAAAGUUUUGGGUUUUUUUUCUAUUUUUUCCCCUCAGAAAGGCACUGAUAGUAUUUGAAAAAUUCUAUUUUGAAGCUCCAAAGUCCUUUUCCUUUUUGGCUUAUUAGGCAUGUAUUUCCAUUUUUAUUGACAAGGACAUAGGGUUCAAUCCUACAAAGUGCAGAGCUCCUUCUGGGUGAAAAUCACCUCUGCAGAGGGUCAAUAUGAGGCCUGGGCACCACUUAUGUCCACUGUAAAUCCUCACAAUGAGGUGGAAGUAGGACUUAGUGAUACAAAGGCCUUGAAUUGCGAGGCCCCCCUGUGAGCCGCUGAUCCCCUCUUUUCUCAGUGAGGUCAUUGGGAACCGAGGACAUUCAGCACUUGGCAGGAGAUGUUCAGCACCUCAAAAGAUCAGACCCAAAGGUGGGGCUGAGGGAGAAUCUUAGCACUUAGCCGGGUGGGUUAGGACAGCAUUUUUUGUGUUUAGAAACAAUACAAUUGUAUGGAUGGCAUGGUUAAAAACGAAAAGGAACCUAAGAACAGCUGUGUUGUAUUUUGGUGACCGAUUACUCUGUAUUUUAACACAUUGUAUGUCUGUUUUUGUGGUGCUCUAGUGGUAAAUAAAUUAUUUCAAUUAUA